CUCAAGUUCUGUUGUUGUCGCGCGGCGCGCCGCUCGCGCUGAUAACGCGACGCCAUGCCGACCUGCGCACGCGCCUAGCGUCAACUGCUCUUAAUGGAUAUCGAGUGCUACUGACUCCUAUGGAUUUUGUGAUUGAAUGUGAUAAGUGUUUGGAUUAAUAAUAUUAAGAAUUUUAAUAACUUUUUAAAGUGAUUUGGAGCGAUUACGUUUUCGAAUUUUAUACUCUUUUCUACGAAAGCGUACGAAAACCGCCGCCAAACUGUCUACCGCAAAUGAAAUUAUUCUCAACUACCACGUGGAAGCGCUAAUAGGUCGGUGGCGCACGAGCCCGAUGAGCGCGUGCGCAGUGGCCGCCAUGCGCGAAAAGCACGCGGCACCGCGCCGCCUGGCAUCCCCGCCAUCAUCGCCUCUAGAUCACCACCCCAGCCCACUUGGCUCACCACGGGCCGACGAGCCGCUCGACCUCAGAGUCACUCACAAGCGCCCCCAGCGACUCGAAGAUGAAAACUGCAACCUGAUUACACCGUCACCGCCACCACACCCCACACACCCAGCACAUCCAGCUCAUCCAGCGCACCCAGCGCUCCUGCAAUUCUGCAGAAGGCUACCCCUAGCAUUGCCAGCGUCAUUCGGACGUUACCCCUUUCUUCCAGCAGCAGCUGCGACACUCCUCACCCCUGGAGCCCCUAGACCGCCUCCGUUGCCCCAAAACCCUGGUGUGAACAGAGCGCGGGACCGCUACACGUGCUCUUACUGUGGCAAAGCAUUCCCUCGUAGUGCUAACCUAACCAGACACUUACGGACGCAUACUGGUGAACAGCCGUACCGGUGCAAAUACUGUGAAAGGUCGUUUUCAAUAUCGUCAAACUUACAACGGCAUGUGAGAAAUAUCCACAAUAAGGAGAGACCGUUUCGCUGUCGUCACUGUGACAGAUGUUUCGGCCAACAGACGAAUUUAGACAGGCAUCUGAAGAAACAUGAGGCCGAGAACGGGGACGACAGUCGCAGGAGAUCCCCAGAAGAGACGUACUUCGAAGAGAUUAGAUCGUUUAUGGGUAGAGUUGCACCCGCACGGCGAACGACAGCCGCCGCUGCUGCGAGCGCUGCAGAUCACACUUGAUAGUGAUUUGCUAAAUCAAUCAUCGCUACAAAAAUCUGGUCGAUGCUUCCAAAUGACUCAAUAGUGUUGUAUAUUCUCUGCCUCGGGCUUCAUGACUUGUGAUCGAUUAGUAUUAGCGCCAAGGUAUCCCUUGCCUCAUUUUUCUGUUCUUACUUUAUUUGUGUCAUGUUAAAAUUUUAACUGAUUCUCUAUAUAUUUAGUUGUAAGAUAAUUCCUAACAGCUGUUACCGCUAUUGUUCUGUACCCUUCGGCGCAGAUAAGACACAUAAAAAGUAGGUCGUUUAAGGUAAUAAGUUGCAAGACGUGAUAUCGUAUCUUAUCAUAAACUUUGAUGUACUUAUUGUAAAUAUAGCUAUUGAAUAUAGUUCUUUAGAUAGUGAUGUAAUAAAUUUUUAUGAGCUUGGUUAUACCUAGCAAGACAAUCAAAUAUUCUACGUGUUCAGAGUGUUCGCUAUGUUAGUAUAAAUUUAGUAUUGUAUGUGUAAGUAGUUCUUUUGUAUUAUUUUGUAAAUUUUGCUUUGUAUGAUGUUAUAUUAAUAAUUUAGUCUGAGAGAAAACGCCGGUUACCAAUAAACAUUAUAACUUGUUGCUUAUUGAAGAUAUUAUAAAUAUUUUUAUUGUGUGUUAGAAAAUGUAAUCAGGGAAUUUUAUCUUUACGUUGGAUAAAUUAUUUUAUAUCUGUAUUUAAUUGCAGAUGUCACGGAAGGGUCUGAUAAUUAAAGCAUUUGUAUCGAGUUGUCAAAAAUAUAUUAAGAUUGUUAUUGUUUACUUCUUCAACUGUACGUUAUAUCGAAUAUACACACUAAACGAAAAAAAAAGGGUGCGUGUACUUAUGUACGCGCGUAAGAAGCUAUACUUCUUUGGCAUUAUUAAAAAUAGUUUUUGAUUGCAUGCAAAUAAUUAA